ACAGAAACACAUCAGUGCUGGUGUUGGCCAGGCUCUGACACCGACAAGUACAGCCUUUUAUUUAAUUUAUUAAUUGUCCUGUAUGUUUUAAUUAAACUGUCAUUUUUAUUGCGAAGGUUUUCCAUUUUUCUCAAGCUUGUGGAACUGCCCAAGACACACUGGGAGAGAAAGACAGUGGUAUAUUUAACAGCUAUCUACAUCUUGGGAGUUGUGGAUUUGGCGCUUUGUCACCAAGGACUUUCUUGAGGCUGCGGGUUUGAAGCGGUGAAGGAGCAUCAAGCUGCUUUAAAGACUGCAAUGCAUCGCUUGAGGACUUGUGGUGCUUGGCUUCAGCUGCUCACAACCACACAGAACGCUCAGGUGUUUACCCAGCAGAGGUCACUGGCUUGUGCUUUAAGGACGUUUCAGCCAAAAAGGAGCUACACAGCGCCUAUUGUUUCUGAGCCAUUUCUCAAUGGCACGAAUUCCAACUACUUGGAGGAGUUGUACUGUGCAUGGCUGGAGAACCCUAAGAGUGUGCAUAAGUCUUGGGACAUCUUCUUUCGCAAUGACUCUGCGGCUGUUCCUCCUGGUGCUGCCUACCAGAGUCCCUCUUCUUCCGCAGCGAUAAAGUCAGUGUUACCUCAGGCGCUGGUUGGAUCCCAACCCAAUGUGAAGAAGCUGGUGGAGGACCACCUGGCGGUGCAGUCUCUCAUUCGUGCCUACCAGAUACGUGGUCAUCACGUAGCCCAGCUGGACCCAUUGGGAAUCUUGGAUGCUGAUCUCGAUUUGUGUGUCCCCAUGGAUAUAAUCACGUCUUCCAGUAAGCUCGGCUUCUAUGGUCUGAGCGAGUCGGACCUGGACACAGUGUUCCGACUUCCCACCACCACCUUCAUCGGGGGCAGUGAAUCCGCUCUGACGCUCAGGGAGAUCAUCUCCCGCUUAGAGAUGGCCUACUGCCAGCACAUUGGAGUGGAGUUCAUGUUCAUCAACGAUUUAGAGCAGUGCCAAUGGAUCAGGAGGAAGUUUGAGAAGCCAGACGCAAUGCAGUUCACUCCAGAGGAGAAACGUAAUCUUCUAGCUCGCAUGGUCCGCUCUACAAGAUUUGAAGAGUUCCUACAGAGGAAGUGGUCCUCAGAGAAGCGUUUUGGACUGGAGGGGUGUGAAGCGCUCAUCCCUGCCCUCAAGACAAUCAUUGACAAGUCAAGUGAGAACGGUGUGGAGAAUGUGAUCUUGGGCAUGCCCCACAGAGGACGUUUGAAUGUACUGGCCAACGUCAUCCGUAAAGAGCUGGAGCAGAUCUUUUGUCAGUUUGAUUCCAAGCUUGAGGCUGCUGACGAGGGUUCAGGUGACGUGAAGUAUCACUUGGGGACGUAUAACAGACGGAUUAACCGCGUGACCAACCGCAACAUCACCCUGUCGCUGGUGGCCAACCCAUCUCACCUGGAGGCAGUGAACCCAGUAGUACAGGGCAAGACCAAGGCUGAGCAGUUCUACUGUGGAGACACCGAAGGCAACAGGGUGAUGUCUAUUCUUCUACAUGGAGAUGCAGCAUUUGCUGGUCAGGGCAUCGUGUAUGAAACCUUUCACCUGAGUGAUCUUCCCUCCUACACCACUCAUGGCACAGUCCACGUGGUAGUCAACAACCAGAUUGGCUUCACCACCGACCCACGUAUGGCUCGCUCUUCUCCCUAUCCAACUGACGUGGCCCGGGUGGUUAAUGCCCCCAUCUUCCACGUCAAUGCCGACGACCCAGAGGCCGUGAUGUACGUGUGCAAAGUUGCUUCCGAGUGGAGGUCGACGUUCCAUAAAGACGUGGUGGUGGACUUGGUAUGUUACCGGAGGAACGGACACAACGAGAUGGAUGAGCCGAUGUUCACGCAGCCACUGAUGUACAAACAGAUUAAAAAGCAGAAGCCUGUGUUGCAAAAAUAUGCAGAGCAGCUCAUAUCAGAUGGAGUUGUCACCAGGCAGGAGUACGAGGAAGAGAUCACCAACUAUGACAAGAUCUGUGAGGAGGCUUACGCACGUUCCAAAGACGAGAAGAUCCUACAGAUCAAACACUGGCUUGACUCUCCCUGGCCUGAUUUCUUCACUCUGGACGGCCAGCCUAAAAGCAUGACCUGUCCUUCAACCGGCCUGAAGGAAGAGCAGCUUGCCCACAUCGGAAAAGUGGCUUCCUCCGUGCCUGUGGAUGACUUCACUGUCCACGGAGGUCUGGGACGCAUCCUGAAGAGCAGAGAGGCGAUGGUGGAGAACCGGACAGUAGACUGGGCCCUGAGCGAGUACAUGGCUUUCGGCUCCCUGCUGAAAGAGGGUUUCCAUGUGCGGCUUAGUGGCCAGGAUGUGGAGAGAGGCACCUUCAGCCACCGCCACCAUGUACUGCAUGAUCAGAACGUAGACAAGAGAACCUGCAUCCCUAUGAAUCACAUCGACCGAAACCAGGCUCCUUACACUGUGUGCAAUAGCUCGCUGUCAGAGUAUGGGGUACUAGGCUUUGAGCUGGGAUUUGCGAUGGCUAGCCCUAAUGCACUAGUGCUUUGGGAGGCGCAGUUCGGAGACUUCCACAACACAGCCCAGUGCAUCAUCGACCAGUUCAUCUGUGCAGGCCAGGCCAAGUGGGUGCGCCACAACGGCAUCGUCCUACUGCUUCCCCAUGGCAUGGAGGGAAUGGGUCCUGAGCACUCCUCUGCUCGCCCGGAGCGCUUCCUUCAGAUGUGCAACGAUGACACUGAUGCUUUUCCUAAAAUCACAGCUGACUUUGAGGUACGGCAGCUGUAUGACUGUAAUUGGAUUGUGGUGAACUGCUCCACUCCUGCCAACUACUUUCAUGUGCUCAGGAGGCAGAUCCUUCAACCCUUCCGCAAACCUCUAAUUAUUUUUACCCCCAAAUCCUUGUUACGCCACCCAGAAGCCAGGUCCGCAUUCGAUGACAUGGUUUCUGGCACACACUUCAAGCGUUUGAUCCCAGAAGACGGCGCAGCAUCUCAGAAUCCAGCUGGAGUGAAGCGCAUCAUCUUCUGCACUGGCAAGGUGUACUACGACCUAAUCAAAGAGCGCAAGAACAAAGACAUGGAGGCUACGUUGGCUAUUUCCCGCAUAGAACAGCUCUCUCCGUUCCCGUUUGACUUGGUGAAAGCAGAGCUUGAGAAGUAUCCAGAGGCUGAGAUUGUGUGGUGCCAAGAGGAGCACAAGAACCAGGGCUACUACGACUACAUCAGGCCGCGCAUCCGCACCACCAUCGCCCGCUCACGUCCCGUCUGGUAUGCUGGUCGUGAGCCUGCUUCUGCCCCAGCCACUGGGAACAAGAAUUCUCAUCUCAUGGAACUGGAACGUUUCCUGAACACAGCCUUCAACCUUGAUGCCUUCCAGUACAAGCGCUAAACAUCACUCCACCAAGACAACACCCCGUUGCCUGCAAAGAAAAGCGCCAUCCUAUCAUCUCCGUCCCCAGUCACCAACAUAAUGAAACUGUUUCCCAGUCAUUUCGUCUGCACCGUCUCUGUAAUGCUUCAAUAACGGAGCAUCAGAGACGGUAAGUCAGGCUAGACUUUGGUGAAAAAAAUUCGCAUUUAAAUUAAAUUCAAAACACUGGCUGCUUUGAAACUGGGGACAUUGUAGCUUUUACUGCUGACAUGGAGCAUGAACCAAGAGGCAUUUUAGACUCUUUUUUUUUUUUAAAUGCUAUUUAUGUACCAAAACACACACCAUGUCCAAACAUACGUGCCACUAAAAUCGAAGGGGUCUUGAGAGAGUGGAAAGAACCGGACAGUUUUUCAUGGAUUUUAUUUUAACACAUAAUGGAAUAUUAUGAAUUUAUUAAAUUUCGCUGGCCAGCUGAUUGUACACUAGGCCGGUGUGUCUCCAGUGGCAAUAACUCAGGCUUUAUAAAAAAGGGGAGGAGGGAAAGCAAAGUAUAUAACUCUUCUGUUAUUUCUAUCCUUCUCAAUCCUUCUCGUUAUCUGAUCUCAGUGCUGGAACACGAAACACUCAGGAGGCAACUCAGGCAGAAAGAUGAAAUCUCCUCCUUUUAUUGUCAAACAGGAUGUCAAACAAACCACUACAAAACUAGCGACUUCUAUUUAUUUUCUACAUAUAAUAUUGUAUGUUGCACUCUUAAAAUACCUCAUUGAAUAAAAGCAGCUUGGCUUCA